GGCAAACACAAGACAAGUGGAGCUGCGGCGCACGACUACAGCGAAAGAUCCGAGGUGACAGUGAAGUAGACGGUGUGCCCAGGACAGUGAAGGAGACAAACCACCGCUUCAAGAGAGAGAAAGGAGCAGAGGAUGUCCAGAGCUGACUGGACCUUUCUGGAGCACCUGCUGGAGGAGGGUCAGGAGUAUUCAACAGGUAUCGGUCGCGUCUGGCUUACCGUACUCUUCCUCUUUCGCAUGCUGGUACUCGGAACGGCGGCGGAAUCUGCCUGGGAUGACGAGCAAGCCGACUUCAUCUGCAACACCAAACAGCCUGGCUGCAUCGCCGUCUGCUACGACAAGGCCUUUCCCAUCUCCCACUUCCGUUAUUUCGUCCUCCAGGUCAUCUUCGUCUCCACGCCGACCAUCUUCUUCUUUGGAUAUGUGGCUAUAAGAGCUGGGAGGGAGAAGAACAAAGAGGAGGGAAAGGAUGAGUCUGGAGCAGAAUGUAGUGCUGGACUUAAAAAUGAUGCUAUUGUAAUAGACAAGAAUGCGACAAAGGAAAAUGCAGAGGAAAAGAAAAAAAAAGAAAAUGGUGAGAAGGGGAAAAAAUGUGACAGGAGUUCUCCAGAGGCUCCUAAACUUAAAGGCAGGCUGCUGUGUGCGUACGCCUUCAGCAUUCUGCUUAAAAUCCUCCUAGAAGCCGGAUUCAUAAUCGGGCUCUGGUUCCUGUACGACGGCUUCUUUAUUGCAGCCAAGUUCGAGUGCACAAGAACUCCUUGUCCUCAUACAGUGGACUGUUUUGUGUCUCGGCCGACGGAAAAGACCAUCUUCACCAUCUACACUCAGGUCAUCGCUGCCAUCUCCCUCCUCCUUAACAUAAUUGAGCUUUUUCACCUCCUUCGACUCGCCGUCUCUCACCGACUUGAGAAACGCUACAGGUCAGAGCGAGUGGAGUACCUACCUCGGUCAAAACGUGUGUUGGCCCGAGAAGAGGCUCCAGACUUCCAAAUGGAGCCAGCACAGUCUUACAAAGCAGGAAGCCAUGGUAAUCUGCCACCGCAGGGUGAGGUUACAGGUUAUCACAACUCUUGUGAGAGCUACAGGGAUCUCGCAGGCGAGGUAAACUGGGGUCCUGGGGAGUCUGGCGGCGACCUGCUUCCUAGUUACAUGAACUGUAUGGGGGCUAUGAGUAAUUCACAUUCCCCUAUAGUCAUUUAUAAGAAACACCAACAUCACACUGGGAAACAGACGAAGGGUGCCCAUAAAGGACACUCUAAGCAGAAACACUAUGUAUGAUGCAGUCAGUGAGGGGUUGAUGUGUUGUCUUUUUGUUUCUGAGACUUUUCCAUUUCUGCUAUAAAUACUAUACACACACUUGAAGAUCAGGAGUGCGCCACAAGAGCUCAAAUGAGGAAGAAAUGAGGAACAACUAUUGCACUGUGAACUUGAUGCCUCAAAGGCAGGCAGACAUUCAAACAAGGAUUUAUGAGAUAAAUGAACCUAUUCAAAACUAAAACAUUUUGAGAACAUCCCCCUGGGCAAAGAAAAUAAGACUCCAUGAUGAGAGAAGAUUGAAGUCAUAAGAUGCCCUCAUGUUGCAUUUAAUGGCUUUUAGUGCUGAAUGUGACAGUGGAAAAACACUGCGAAGUGGAGGUCCGGGGGGAUGCUGAGGAUGUUGUAUGUGUGUGAGAGUGUUCUGUAGCACCAUCCCUUGAGAUUUGCACUGUAACUCCCAACGUUGUUUGAAACCCCCCCUCCUCUUCCCAUGGCUGUGUCCAAACAGUGGAAUGUACUGGUCUCUGGAUCCUGCUCAGCUCCCAAGAGGAUAAUGACUGUGUGGAUGCAGAGCAUGCAUGCAUGCAUGCACACACACAAUGUAUUUUUCCCCUUUGACCCAGUGAGUUCUGGUCACUCAAGUAAAGGUUAUAGACUGACAAGGCGAAAGGGUGCCAAACCAUGGGAAUUCUGGGAUUGCUGGAGAGUUGACAUUGCCAGAAACUAUAAUAUUUUAGAAUUUAACAGAAAGAGAGGACCCUGAGAUGCAGCAUCAUGAGAGCUGAAUAAUGACAUGAGGAAAGUUCAGUUUGAUCACUGAGCUUGACAGAUCCAGUGCACACUGAAUGGACUGAUCACGGUACAGAAAGGUGCAUUGAAUCCAAGGAAAUGACUUUGUGAAAUACUAUAUUUAAUGUUAAUUAACUACCAGUAUUAAUAUUUAUUAUUUUAAUGGAAAAUAAAGUUGAAACCAUCACAAGCUGUCACUUCAUUAUAUUACUAUCACAUCGCCAUGUAUUCUCCACAAUCUACCUGCUUUAUGAAAUGUGCUACUUUAUUUACACAUUUCACGCAGAUGAAUGCAGCUCAAAGUGCCUCAGAGAUGAUUAAUAAGCUGAUAAGGCAAAAUUCAGUUACAGAGUGAGUAAAAAAGAAAGAAAGAAGAUUAUAAUAACAAAUACAAUCAAAAAACAAGCAAA